GUCAAUCUUCUAGUGUCUCUUCUAUUAGAACAAAACAAGGAAUGUCUUCACAAAUUCACAUGAAAUUGAAUAGUUGAUACAAGAUUAGGUUUCCAGGACUAAUUUUAAAUAACAAAACAAAAAAAUGUCAUCGCCGGCGAUAAGGCAUCACAGGAUUGUUCGACGCGUGGCGAGUCUCCCUAGAAGCAUAAUGGGGGAAAUCUCAAGGGCAAUGGCGGAUGGCAUGGGACUUGUAGGAAUUGGAAGAAGAAGAAACCAUAAUCAUAAUCAUAGUCAUGAUGCAAAUGUUGUGCAAGGGCAAGUGCAGCCUCAUGGCCCUCCAUUGUUGCCACAAGAACACAUAGCAGUUCCUGAAGAGUGGGCUUUUCUUGAAAGUUUUGAGCAGCAAUAUGGAAACAACCAUCCUUUCUUUUAUGCGUGCCGAUUCAGGAAAGCUGUGAAGUUGGCUGAGCAGGAUCAUAGGUUUAUGUUUAUGUACCUUCACUCACCGGACCACAAUUUUGCAAACGUGUUCUGCAAGGAAACACUCUGUUCUGAGCUUGUGACGCAGUUCCUUGAUAUGAAUUUUGUUUGUUGGGGAGCACUUGCUGAUAGAGGAGAGGGUAUGCAAAUGGUUUCCAUGCUGCGCCCUUCUACGUUUCCAUGUUGUGCUGUCAUCGCUCCGGCUCCUGGUGAUAGCAUUACAGUGCUGCAGCAGCUUGAGGGGCCUCUUUCAGCAGCUGAGCUAGUGGAGAUUCUACAGAGGACAAUGGAGGAACAAGGGCUGGCUUUCGGAAGCGGAAAGGCUAAGCACGAAGCAAAGAUCCGAGCUGACCGCAGGCUUCGAGAAGAGCAAGACGGCGCAUAUUUUGCAGCUUUGCAUAUAGACAAGGAAAAAGAGAAGCAGCACAAGAAUUCUCCUUUAAGAGGGGGAAUUCAGAAGUCAGUGGAGGCUCAGAAUGGCAGAAAUUUUAGGAAGUUGAGUAACAAUUCUGUGAAUGUUAGAAAACAGGAUAGCAAGAAUGAAGCUUACGAGUCUAAUGGUCAAAAACAAGCCAAAGGAAUUGCAAGCAGGGUAAAUGGCUCUGAGGCUACACAGAUACUGAUAAGGUUUCCGAAUGGAGAAAGAAGAGAACACAAUUUUUUGUCUACUGACAAAAUCCAAUCCAUCUUCACGUGCAUUAAUUCAUUAGGAAUUCCAGGGAUUGAGAAUUAUAGAUUAAUUUCAAAUUUUCCAAGGAAAGCUUAUGGUGUGGACCAAAUGAGAAUGACUCUCAAAGAAGCUGGCUUGUUUCCUAAAGCUAGCCUGUUCUUGGAGCCUAUGUGAAUCAUUGUCCACAGUCAUUAAGUUGUAAACAUACACGUGUGAAUUAUGAAUUGGCAUUGGUAUACAUAUACAUUUAGAUUUCAAUGAAAUGAGAGGAGAGGAAAAGAAGUAUGUAUGAAUAAGUGACUUCACCUUAGCUCAAUAUUUCAUGGAUGAUCCAAUAGAUAAAAUUCCGAUGUUAGUAGAGAAAUUCAUGGUUAUAUGCGAAUUAUAGAAAAGAAGGUAAUACAAUGCCACCUUAAGUUGUUGGGUCAUAACUAUUUAUAAGGAGGGAAGAAGAGGAAGAAAGACAACCAAAUUAUUAGAAUAUCAAACAAGCUAAUUUGUUACUU